UAUCAACCUACUCACCAACCAACCCAAUGGCCUAAAAAGCCUCACUUUCUCUUUCCUCCUUCCCUCGUUUACAUCACUCUAUAUUCCUUCAACAGUCAACAACAAUUCUCAACAAUGGCUUCUUCCCUCUCAAAUCUCUACUCAUCAACAUCCCUAAAACCCAAGAUUUCUCACCUACCCACAAUCACCAAAAACCCGAUUUCAGGCCCGAAAUCUCUCUCCUUCAAACCCAUCUCCUCAGUGGCCCGAGACACACCCGCUGAUCUCUCAACUUCAUCUUCCUCCUCAACCAACAAUCUCCCUUCUCUACAGAAGAAGAAGGCAGAUGGUUCUUUGGAGAAGGACCCACGGGCUUUGUGGGCCCGAUAUGUGGAGUGGUUGUACCAGCACAAGGAUUUGGGGCUGUAUUUGGAUGUGAGUAGAAUCGGGUUUAGUGAUGAGUUUGUUAAGGAAAUGGAGCCCCGUUUUGAGAAAGCUUUUAAGCAUAUGGAGGGGAUCGAAAAGGGCGCCAUUGCUAACCCUGAUGAAGGAAGAAUGGUGGGCCAUUAUUGGUUGAGGAACUCUAGUCUUGCUCCCACUACGUUUUUGAAGAAUCAGAUUGAUGUUACUCUUGAUCGUGUUUGGCAGUUUGCAAAUGAUGUUAUUUCUGGAAAGAUCAAGGCCCCAACUGGAGAACGAUUUACCCACAUACUUUCUGUUGGAAUUGGAGGUUCAGCGCUCGGGCCUCAGUUUGUUGCAGAGGCGUUGGCUCCUGACAAUCCUCCCCUCAAGAUAAGAUUUAUUGAUAAUACAGACCCAGCUGGAAUCGAUCAUCAAAUUGCACAACUUGGUCCUGAGCUAGCUACAACACUUGUAAUGGUUAUUUCAAAGAGUGGCGGUACACCAGAAACAAGAAAUGGUUUAUUGGAAGUACAAAAGGCCUUCCGUGAUGCUGGAUUAGUAUUCGCAAAACAGGGUGUUGCUAUAACACAAGAAAACUCAUUGUUAGAUAAUACUGCACGAAUUGAAGGCUGGAUAGAUAGAUUUCCCAUGUUCGAUUGGGUGGGUGGUAGAACUUCUGAAAUGUCUGCUGUUGGUCUACUUCCAGCUGCCCUUCAGGGAAUUGACAUAAAAGAGAUGCUCGCUGGUGCAGCUUUAAUGGAUGAGGCAACUAAGAUUCCCGUGCUGAGAAGUAAUCCUGCGGCAUUGCUAGCAAUGUCCUGGUACUGGGCUUCAGAUGGUGUCGGUUCCAAGGAUAUGGUUGUCCUUCCUUACAAGGACAGUCUAUUACUCUUUAGCCGCUACCUGCAACAGCUGGUCAUGGAAUCACUUGGGAAAGAGUUUGACCUCGAUGGUAACAAGGUGAACCAGGGGCUUACUGUCUAUGGAAAUAAAGGAAGCACAGACCAGCAUGCCUACAUUCAACAACUGAGGGAUGGUGUUCAUAACUUCUUUGCCACAUUUAUCGAAGUAUUGCGUGAUAGACCUCCAGGUCAUGACUGGGAGCUAGAACCAGGUGUGACAUGUGGUGACUAUCUCUUUGGAAUGUUACAGGGGACAAGAUCAGCUCUAUAUGCAAAUAACCGUGAAUCUAUUUCCGUCACCGUGCAAGAAGUAACACCUAGGUCAGUCGGCGCAAUGGUAGCCCUAUAUGAACGAGCUGUUGGGCUAUACGCCUCACUUGUCAACAUAAAUGCGUAUCAUCAACCAGGUGUGGAGGCAGGUAAAAAAGCUGCAGCAGAGGUAUUAGCUCUUCAGAAACGAGUUCUGGCUGUGCUCAACGAGGCCAGCUGCAAGGAUCCCGUUGAGCCAUUGACGAUUGAAGAAGUGGCUGACCAUUGUCAUUGCCCCGAUGAUAUCGAAAUGAUUUACAAAAUAAUCGCUCACAUGGCAGCCAACGACAGAGUGAUUCUAGCAGAGGGCGACUGUGGUUCUCCUCGGAGCAUCAAGGCCUUCCUUGGAGAAUGUAACGUCGAUGAACUAUAUGCCUAGUUAUAUUUAUUUAUUUAUAUUAAAAGAGAAGCAAAUAAAGAGCAUAAAAGGGAGAAAAAGAACACAUUUUUCGAAUGUUGGACUGUGUUUUGUUAGUGAUAAUGUAUCUGGCAAUUCUUGUUGGAUACUGGUAUUCUUUCUAAUAACUUCUUUCACUCAA